AUGAGUAGUCAGGAACUGGUCACUUUGAACGUGGGAGGGAAGAUAUUCACCACAAGGUCUUCAACCUUAAAGCAGUUUCCUGCCUCUCGGUUGACACGUAUGUUAGAUGGCAGAGACCAAGAAUUCAAGAUGGUUGGUGGCCAGAUUUUUGUGGACAGAGAUGGUGUUUUAUUUAGUUUCAUCUUAGAUUUUUUGAGAACUCACCAGCUUUUAUUACCCACUGACUUUUCAGACUAUCUCAGGCUUCAGAGGGAGGCUCUAUUCUAUGAACUUGAUCCUCUGGUGGAUCUCUUAAACCAAGAACACCUGCUACAGCCAAGACCUGCUCUUGUGGAGGUACAUUUCCUGAGCCGAAACACUCAAGCUUUUUUCAGGGUGUUUGGCUCUUGCAGCAAAACAAUCGAGAUGUUAACUGGGAGAAUUACAGUGUUUAUAGAGCAACCUUCAGCACCGACCUGGAGUAGUAACUCUUACCCUCCUCAGAUGACCUUACUUCCACUGCCUCCACAAAGACCUUCUUACCAUGACCUGGUUUUCCAGUGCGGCUCUGACAGCAUGACUGAUAACCAAACUGGAAUCAGGUAUGUUUCUAUAAAGCCUGAUAACCGAAAACUGGCCAACGGAACUAAUGUCCUCGGCUUACUGAUUGACACUUUAUUAAUGGAAGGCUUCCAUCUGGUCAGCACCAGAACAGUAUCCUCUGAAGACAAAACUGAAUGCUAUAGCUUUGAAAGGAUAAAAAAGCCUGAAGCUCUUGCCAUGAACAAAACACUGAAACCAGAGACUACCCUCAUGCCAGAGCAAUCUCAGAAAAAGAAAUGA